UGUUGUGGGCAAGAUGGAAAGGAAGAUGGAGGAGAACGUCAGAGACCCCGAAACUGGCAGUGAGGCUGGAGGAGAUGACGCUUUAGUAGGCAACGUUAACAAGCUGCUGGUCACCCCGCCAGGGUACACGGGUGUUCCCCGAAAGGGUCACCUCAUAUUUGACGCCUGCUUCGAGAGCGGUAAUCUUGGUCGUGUGGACUACAUCAGCGAGUUUGAAUUCGACCUGUUCAUCAGGCCAGACACCUGUAACCCACGCUUCAGAGUAUGGUUCAACUUCACUGUGGAGAAUGUUCGAGAGACACAGAGGGUGAUCUUCAACAUAGUCAACUUCAGCAAGACCAAAAGCCUGUAUAGGGAUGGGAUGUCUCCAGUGGUGAAGUCCACAAGCCGGCCCAAAUGGCAAAGACUUCCAGCCAAAAACGUGUACUACUACCGCUGCCCUGAUCACCGCAGAAAUUACGUGAUGUCCUACGCCUUCUGCUUCGACCGCGAGGACGACGUGUACCAGUUCGCCUACUGCUACCCCUACACCUACUCCCGCCUGCAGCACUACCUGGACAGCCUGGAGCGCAGGAACCUCGGCUACCUGCAGAGGGAGCAGCUGGGCCUCAGUGUGCAACAGCGCCGCCUGGACCUCCUGACCAUCACCAACCCUGCCAACCUAAAGCCAGAGCGUGAGAAGAGGGUGGUGUUUCUGACCGCUCGCGUGCACCCUGGAGAGUCACCUGCCUCCUUCAUCUGCCAAGGCAUAAUAGACUUUCUGGUCAGCCAGCAUCCGGCGGCACGAGUCCUGCGCGAUCAUUUGGUCUUUAAAAUUGUUCCCAUGCUCAAUCCUGAUGGCGUCUACUUGGGCAACUACAGGUGUUCACUGAUGGGCUUCGACCUGAACCGCCACUGGCAAGAUCCCUCCCCCUGGGCUCACCCCACCCUGCACACGGUCAAGCAGCUGAUCGUCCACAUGAACCAAGACCCUAAAGUGAGCCUGGAGUUCUACAUUGACGUGCACGCCCACUCCACCAUGAUGAAUGGCUUCAUGUACGGGAACGUGUUCGAGGAGGAGGAGCGCGUCCAGAGGCAGGCCGUCUUCCCCCGACUGCUGUGCAACAACGCGCCGGACUUCUCCUUCUCCAGCACAUCUUUUAACCGCGAUGUGGUGAAGGCAGGAACAGGCCGGCGCUUCUUGGGCGGCCUGCUGGACGACACGUCCUACUGCUACACACUGGAGGUCUCCUUCUACAGCUACCUGGCUGCAGGCAGCAGUGCACCUGUGCCCUACACAGAGGACACCUACAUGAAGCUGGGUAGAAAUGUUGCACGUACCUUCCUGGACUACUACAGACUUAACAAUCUGAUAGAUGACAAUAAGCCGACAAAUCACAGUAACAGCAGCUUGGAAGGACAAUCCUAUCGUCAGGGGAACAGCCAUGGAAACGGAAGGAACCAGGAACUAGAAAAAUCUGAGAGAAGAAUCCAGGGGAGUAAAGGAGACUAUUAAACUCACACCAGCAUC